AUGGGGAAGAGGAGCCAUGUGCCUGAUGGGGGUCUGGUGAACAGAUACGAGGAGCGGGCAUGUUCACCCUCCGAACCCACCAUGCCCGUCUCCACCGAGGAGCCCAUCUGCCCCAAGUUCCAGCCCAACAUCUUUGACCCCUCACGCUGCCAUGACUGCCUCCGCCAGAGGCACCUACACGCCGGCGCCGGGGAGAGCGCUGAGGCAGCACCGCUGCAGAAAUCCACAGCAGGCACCGGAGCUGGGGGUAUAACUGGGAGUGGGACUGGGACGGGGAUUGGGACAGGUAAAAUGGUGUCUUUCACACCGAUCCCAUCCCAGGCAGAGGAAAGAGACACCAGCAGCAAGGAGGAUUCUGACGGCCUGUCGGUGGUGAGCAGCUACUGUGAUGUCAACGGAGGCCGUCUGGGUUAUGGGGAGGGCUCUUUGUGCAUCCUGAGCCCCGACUGUGAGCUUUACAUCUGUGACGGCGACGACGACGACAGCACCGACAGCUGCCGUGACCAGAGCGACUACCAAGAUUUCAGCGGCUCCGUCAGUGCAGAGGACGAAUACCUGCUGAUCCGUCGCCAUUCGGCCAAACUCAAAACCAUGACCCGGCUUGACCCACCGCCCCAUCGGCCCAACCCUCGGGCGUGGAUGGACGAAGCCCGGAGCAGAGAUGGCCUCAUUAGGCGAUCGGGGAUGACAGACGAAAGGGAGAAGCGUGAAAGUGGCUACUUCUCCCUGGGGAGAGCAGCGGGUGCACACUCGCUGCGUGAUAACAGCCCGCCUGCUCCUUACCGCCAUUUUGAGAAGGGACAUCCCAUCUUCAGCAGCAGAAAUGUUGAGCCCAAAGACACCGUCCCCUUCAGAAACCCCAAUCUUGGCGUGGCAUCUGAAAGGCAGGUACUGGAAGAUCCAAACGACGAUCUCCCCAUGGAAAUCCCUCCUACUGACCCCUAUGAAAUUGCCAUCGAGGUUCAGGCACAAGUCGGCCCUCGUUCUCCGAGUCCUACUCCUUUUAAGAUAGCCGAGUCUCUCACCGACCGAAAGGGAUUCAGGACUUCACAUGGUCGGGGAAACCCUUCGUCUCACGAUUCUUCCUGUCAUCAAUCUGGGCGAUUUGAUUCCUCAAGGCAUAGCUCCGCUCUGCAAUCUCGCUCUUCUUCUCCCUCACGAAGAGAUUUGCCAUUCAGACGCAGUGAGUCCACUGCUUCCCUCAGCCGGCAUCAUUUCGACGGUGGGGGGCGGUCUCAGGGGACGGACGCAGGAUCCAGAGGCUCCUUGCAAAGCACACAAGCCCGACGCUUUGAGUCCGGAACACUGCCAAGAAACUUCAAAUCGCUCGCUAGUUCAGUCCAAUCCCAAUCCAGCAUGAUUUCUGAUUUUAGGAGUGCCUUGAGGAAAACAGCGGUAAAUGGGUCUUUGAGUGGACGGUGUCGUGACAGCCGAAGCUCUUCUCCCUCAAGGAGGGAUUACAAAUGUCCAGGUCCAAUGUCCCUCCGCAAAACUGAAACCACCAGCGAUUCACCUUUUGGACGUGGGCGUGACAUUCGUACUUCAUCUCCAUCUAGGAGAACUUCUGAGGGUCGGCGUGACAGUCACAGCGUCUCGCCGCCAAGGAAAAGUUACAGUUCCUCUAGCCACUCCCUCCUUUGUAAAUCUGAAUCAGUUGUGUCUCUGAACGGACGCAGUCACAAUGGACGCUGUGGCUCCCCCAUAAGAGAGGGCUAUGAUAUUGAAAGCCAGGCUCUGCUGCGCAAUUCAACAGCAGGGAAUAGAUUGAAUGAUCAGGAACAUGAACAUGAAAACCCCGCCACGUCUCCACCCAGACGAGGUUAUGACAGACCAAGUCAAUCCAUACUCAACAAGACUAAAACAAGCGCUGUCGGGCGUGGCAGCCAAGGUCGUGACAGCCAAGGUCACGACAGCCAAGGUCGCGACAGCCAAGGUCGGGGCAGCCGUUGUGCCUCCCCUGGAAGAAGAGGCUAUGAAACCCCUAGUCAGUAUCAACUGAGGAAAACGGACACCAGCGGCUCAUUAAACAGCCGUAGUCGUGAGAGUCGUAACUCCUCUCCGUCAAGGAGAAGCCAUGAAGCGCCCUCUCAGUCUCUGCUGCGCAAGUCCGAAGGAAACAGCUCUGUCAGAAGUCGCGAUGUGCACAGUUUGUCACCCGCAAGGAAAAGCUCUGAUGUUUCUGGCCAACACUCGCUGCAGAAAACACAAACCAGCAGCUCCCAACACAGCAAGAAACACAUCGGCCGCAAUUCUUCUCCCUCUGAAAAAGGCAACAGUGACCCGCCCGGCUACUCAGUCCUCAGAAAUGCCACUAAUGGAGACUCCAGCCGUUCCUCACAGAGAAAAAACACUUUCAAUGACUCAAAGUCUGACUCCAAACACACCGCACGCUCCUGGAGAGACUCCACACAUUCCCCCCGCAGCUCUUCAUUAUCUCGUGCUGCUUCACCCUCUAGACAGACCACAAAUGGCAGCAGAGCAGCUUUCGUCACCUUGGAAGCACUCAGGAAACCCAGCAGCAUCAGAUCUGGGGUUGUUGAGCACGUCCUUGAGGAUCACCGCCUCUCACCUAACGACAAGAGGGCCUCCCAGCGCACACGCAGCCCCUCUCCCUCGCCGCAGAUUCAAAUGGGGAGGCACACCUCCUCCCAGAGCUCCAUGGAGUCCUCUGAGUCAGGCCAACUCUCAGUGGGGUCCGCGGGACGGAACAGGGAGGAGUACGCCAUGUUGGCUGACCUGCCGAGGGUCAAAAGGAUCCACCAGAGGGAGGGGGCAGGGGCGCACACGGGGCAGCCGCACUGCCAGCUGCCUCCUCGGAGACAGGAACUCUUCAAACCAGCCAGCCACUCCUUGAGCAAACACCCAUCCAGAGAGUGUGAAGAUACAGUGGACACGGAGAGAGAAUGGCACUAUAGCGGCUGUGGGUAUCUGUCUCGGGCUCACUCCUCCACCUCGCUGCAGAGAUCUGGCAGUCCCACAGCGGAUGAAAGCAGUUCUUGGAAAGGUAACCACCACAGAUCAGAAGAAAUGCAGGGGGACCCGCACGUCCACCCGGCCAGCCCCCUCGGAGGUCCUCGCACCCCAGUUUUGCAGCAGCUCGCGCCGUGUGGUUAA